UGGGGCAAAGCGUUGCCCAUGUCAGCGCGUUUGCCCGGUUAGGCGAGAUGAGGGAGGCCGAGCCUGCCCGCACCCAACGCUCCCGGUCAAACCGGCAGGAGCCAGCCAGGACGAGGGCCUCUCGUCAGGAGGAAGAGGCAGAAAGCCAACCCAGGGUACCGGUGGCUAACCGGUUAACCACCCCCAAUGAUCGCGUCCAGCAGAUGGAGGCAAAGCUGGAGAGGCUGGAGAAGAAGGUUGGAGAGAAGAAUGACCGGGACAAACCCCUCGCAGGGUCCCCGUUCACUACAAGGGUCCACCUGACACCUUUCCCACGAAAGGUCAAGAUAGACGCCCCAAGGUUUACCGGCAAGGAGGAUCCAGAAAUACAUCUGGAUUCUUUCAACCAAAGUGCAACUAUAAAUGGUUGUACGGAUGAAGAAAAGUGCCUCCUUUUCUUCCAAACCUUGCGGAAUCGAGCUACUGAAUGGUUCAACAAACUUCGCCCAGGAAGUAUUGACUCGUUCAGUGACUUGGCCUCAAAAUUCAAGGCCAAGUUCCAGGAGAACUGUACUAAGAGGAAGAAGUUCACCUAUCUUAGUACGGCCGGGCUGAGGGAAUCUGAGAACCUCACCCAAUUCCUUACCCGGUGGAAGGAAGAGGUAGACAAGGUGGAAGAGAUGGAUGACAAAACCGUGUUGUCCCUUCUCUUGAAUGGCUUACGUGCCGGGGAACUAUACAAGGAGUUCUGCCGAAAACCCCCGGCCACGUAUCAGGAGGCCUACCACACUGCAUGGGAGUUUGCUGAGGCUGAAACUCAACUCCGGGCGAAGAAAGAAGCUGAGCAUGGUUAUAAGCCCAAGCCGGUGCAGGUCAAAAAGGAAGAAGCGUCGGGACCCAACCGGCCAAGACAUCACUAUGACCUGGUCGUCCGCGUGGUCAACACGGAAGAGUGCCAGGAGGUAAGGAAAGCACCAGCUCCUUACCCGGUCAACCCUCCGGAAAAUCCUACCGGUCAAGUAGGACGGCAGUGGUCGGGCACCUAUUGUUCAUACCACAGGUCAGAUUCCCAUAGCACUUCCGAAUGCAAGAGUGUUAAGGGAGUGAUCCGGCAGAUGAUAGACAGCGGAGAACUAGGCAAGGAUUAUCUGCAGAAAGCCCAGGAGAAGAACCAUCAAUGGGUAAGGCCAGCGACCCAGGGAAAUGACCGGGACAACGACCGGCGGAGGAAUAACCGGCAGAGGGAUCAACAGCCUACCCCUGACAAGGAGCACAUUGGGAUGAUCUUCGGCGGGCGUAAGUAUCCCAGAAGGGAGCCAAUAGUCUUCACUGACCGGGACCUCCCUCCAACCGGUGAAGAUCACAAUGAUCCAUUGGUCAUCACCAUGGACAUCAACGGGGUGGACGUCGCCCGGGAACUCGUUGACACCGGCAGCAGUGUCAACAUCUUAUACCUGGAGACUUUCCAAAAACUCAGGUUGUGUCGGACACAACUUGAACCCCUCAAAACUCCUCUCUCAGGCUUCACGGGAGACACGGUGGAAGCUGAAGGGUCCAUAGUUCUACCAGUCGAACUAGGAUCGGGCGAAAAGACCGUGUGGAAGAGAAUGCGGUUCAUUGUUGUGGACAUCAAAUGCGUCCACAACGCAAUCCUUGGAAGGCCUGGCAUCAACAAGGUCGGGGCGGUGAUUUCCAUGCCGCACCUGUGCAUGAAGUUCUACACUCCAGGCGGUGUGGGGGAAGUGAAGGGCGAUCAGAGGAACGCCCGGGAGUGCUAUGCUCGGGCAGUCAAGAAGAUGACCAAGGGGGUCAAUGUCAUCUCCCAAGAGAUCACAGAGGGAGAGACCCGGGAGAAACUGGAGCCUGAAGCUGAGACGGUGGAGAUUGAACUCCACCCGGGUGAUUCUUCGGGGAUGGUCAAAAUUGGGGCAAACCUCCCAGAAGAUCUCAAGGCAGAGAUUACACGGGUGCUCCAAGAGUACGCGGGCAUAUUUGCAUGGAGCGUGGCAGAUAUGCCCGGGAUAGAUCGCUCAAUCAUCUGUCACCGGUUGGCAGUAAGGGAGGGAAGUCGACCGGUACGCCAGAAGAAAAGGUACCUGGCCAGCGACCGACGAGACUUCGUCAAGAAGGAGGUGAAGGACCUCCUUAGUGUUGCAAUCAAAGGGCAAGCCCUGGCGGACUUCCUUGUGGAGAUGACCGGUGUAAUUCCAGAUGCACCGGUCGACAAGCCUACCGAGCAGUGGUGGGAGAUGGCAGUGGACGGGGCGUCCGGUCCUAAAGGCUACGGGGGUGGUAUAGUCUUUACCACCCCGGAAGGAUUCAAAAUUUACCAUGCAAUCAUCUUCAACUUCAAGCUGACGAACAAUGAGGCAGAAUACGAAGCUCUGGCUGGAGGGCUCAGACUCGCCCAAGCCCUGAAGAUCGACCGGGUCAGUAUCAAAUCUGAUUCUAGUUUGAUCGUUGGGCAAGUGACCGGUAACAUGGAAGCUAGGGAAGGACGAAUGGCGCAGUACAAAGACUUGGUACUGGCCUUGUUGAAGGGGUUUGAGGAAUUCAAGAUCGCCCAAAUCCCCCGGGUAGAGAACGCGGAUGCAGACCUCCUCUCCAAAUUGAUGCAGUAUGCUCCCGAGCAUGUUUCAAAACUUGCCCGGGUGGAAAUUCUUGAUCAUGCCAGCAUUGAAAAAUUGGAAGUAGCCGCCAUAACAGGAGCAAGCCAACCUGACCGGUCAAACUUGGUCGGGGCGGAUGACCACUGGAUGUAUGAUCUGAUGGAAUAUCUGAUGGACGGGGUCUUGCCGGAACAAGAUGACCGGGCAAGAAAAGUGAAGCUCAGGGCACCCCGGUUCCAAGUCCUUGACGGAAAGCUGUACAAAAGGGCAAUUGGAGGACCGCUCCUAAGCGCAUCAGAUGUCGCGAACCCUUUCCCAGCGCAUUAUCUUGUUGGGGUAUUACUGGCCAACAAUUGUCCAGGAUUGCGAGAGGUACGUCCAGAAGUGCAGAACGUGCCAAGUGUUCUACAAGUACCCCGGUAGGCCGGCAACCUACUAUCACCCCAUAUCAAAUGUCAUCCCUUUCGCUAGAUUCGGGG